AUGUCAAAGAAAGAAUCAGUGUGUGUAAAACAAGAUGGAAGUGUAUCACAUUUCUUCCACAGAACAUUUAAAGCCUAUAACACGGGGACUAGGAAGCGUCGAAAGAUAAACACUGACAAUCUUGCUGAUGUUCGCUGGCACAAGACGGGCAAGACGAAGCCAGUAAUAGUUGAUGGAAAGCAUGCUGGCUGUAAGAAAAUAAUGGUGCUGUAUGUGAGUACUGUGAAGGGUGGUAAGCCCAAGAAGACCAACUGGGUGAUGCAUCAGUACCAUCUAGGCACUGGGGAGGAUGAGAAGAAUGGGGAAUAUGUUGUCUCCAAAUUAUUUUUUCAGCAGCAAUUUAAACUUGAAGAAACAAAUGCACAGGAGUUAACCAAUACAGAUGCUUUGGAAACUAUAGUUGCUGAAGCAGAUCUACCCGACCUCCCUGAACCAACCAUGGAAGAAGAUGAUGACGAACAUAUUAGUAGUAUUACUAACCAAGAGGUUCUUCAUAAUAAUGAAUAUAACACCGACCGGGAAGCUCUUCAUAGCAACGAACAUAAUGCUUAUCAGGAGAACGAGAAUUGUGAAAUAAAUAUGGAAGAAAAAGCUGCUGAAGAGAAUGCUGCCUAUCCCUCUGAAAAACCCGAGGAUGGAGAUAAUCCCUCAUCACAAGAUCCAAAUUUGUGGGAGGGGGACUCGCAGUUUCUGUUAGAUUCUCAGCAGCUAGCAGAAAACUUAGCGAUUUGUGACGAGUUCCUUCAGAGCCAGACCUCAUGUGGCGAUGGAGAUGAGCCAGGUACGAUCAAGCCUCGCCUGGCUGUUUAUGCCCAGUUGCCAGUAGAGGACUUGAAGAAGGAUCUGGAGGAAUACAAGGACUUGGGCCCUUCUGAUAAUGCUGCUAAUCUUGAACUUGACAACACAUCUGAAUUUCGAUUGAGCCAACUCGAAUUCUCACAGGACAGCUUUACGGCAUGGCCUGGUGGCAAGUUGGUUGAUUGACGUAGCUCCAAUGCGCUGACAGCGCUUGGCACUAUGUGCAGGAAGAAACAUCUGAAGCCUUUUAGAGUGAUGCACAGCAAGCACCAUCAACCGUAGUUUCAGCCACGUGGUGAGGUGGUUAUUUUGUAUCAGUGAAUCUGAGAUGUAACAUAAACCGUGGCUCAUUGAGUCAGCCUGUUGAUGAACUUUCUGGCAUCCAUAUGAACUGUAAAUUAUAAGAAAGGCCAACAGGAUGAUUGCUCAGCGCUAGGACUAGCUUUGGUCUAUCCCCCCAAAAAAGGACUAGCUUUGGUCUAGCAGCAUGUGUAUGUAAAUGUUCAGAAUUAACUGCAUAAUUAGCAACGAUAUCUAAAGUACAGUUGAGCUUU